AUGCGCUUUGACACGGCGUUGCGGUUGCUGCGGCAGAGAGGGCCCAGGCCUAGCGGGGGCUGCUCCAGCGGUUGCUCCAGGUGCUGCUAUCGGGGCUUCCAGGGUUGCCAUCAGGUGGGUGCCACAGCGCCUUUGAGUCAUGGGCUCCAGCGGGGGGCGCACUUGGGGCACUACGUGCACCGGUCGCGAAGCUUCCACCGCUUCCACCUUUUCCACAAAACCCGCCUUGCUCCUGCCCCGCAGCAGCCGUUCUCGGUGCCUUUGAACCUCGAGAACUUUCGAGCAGUGGCUCACCUAACCACCACCACAACCCCGCUGCCGCAGCAACACCGCGUCCUUCUUCCGCGACUCUCGACCGGCCUGCGCGUUCGCAUCACCCCUCUUUCGCUAGCUGGCCGUCGAUUCUACUCGAGCCGCUCCUCAACGACAUCGCCGAUCAUGACCGAAGUCAAGUGGACUGGGCCCCUGGUCCGCAAGACCUUCUUGGACUUCUUCGCCGAGAGGGGCCACACCAUUGUCCCCUCGUCUUCGGUCGUCCCUCACAAUGACCCCACAUUGCUCUUCACAAAUGCGGGCAUGAACCAGUUCAAGCCCGUGUUUCUGGGUACUAUCGGCAAGAGUGAGCCUUUUGCUCAGCUGAAGCGUGCUGCGGAUACUCAGAAGUGCAUCCGUGCCGGUGGCAAGCACAAUGACCUCGACGAUGUCGGCAAGGAUAGCUACCACCAUACCUUCUUUGAAAUGCUGGGUAAUUGGUCCUUCGGCGACUACUUCAAGAAGGAGGCUAUCGAGUGGUCGUGGGAGCUCCUGACCAAGGUCUACGGCCUUGACCCCAGCCGCCUCUAUGUCACCUAUUUCGAGGGCAACCCCGAGCUGGGUCUCGAGCCGGAUCUCGAGGCCAAGCAGCUGUGGCUUGAUGUCGGUGUACCGGAGGACCACAUCCUUCCCGGUAACAUGAAGGACAACUUCUGGGAGAUGGGAGAUCAAGGGCCGUGUGGUCCUUGCAGCGAAAUCCACUACGACAAGGUCGGCGGCCGGAAUGCUGCCCAUCUCGUCAACAAGGACGACCCCCUUGUAGUCGAGAUCUGGAACAACGUUUUUAUGCAGUUUGAUCGGCAAAAGGAUAAGUCCCUCAAGCCAUUGCCUGCGAGGCACAUCGAUACUGGUAUGGGCUUCGAGCGCCUGGUGUCUGCUUUGCAGGACAAGACCUCCAACUACGCCACCGAUAUCUUCACUCCCCUGUUCGACCGGAUCCAGGAGGUGACGGGCGCCCGGCCGUAUGCCGACAAGUAUGGCAAGGAUGAUGCCGACGGUAUUGACACCGCCUACCGUGUCGUCGCCGACCACAUCCGCAUGCUCGCUUUCGCUAUCGCCGAUGGUGCUGUUCCCAACAACAUUGGCCGUGGCUACGUUGUCAGGCGUGUCCUCCGGAGAGGCGUCCGCUACGCCCGCAAGUACUUCAAGGCCGAGAUCGGCUCCUUCUUCUCGAGCAUUCUGCCGGCCCUCGUCGAGCAGAUGGGUGAGCAGUUCCCCGAGCUGAAGAAGAAGCAGAACGACAUCAAGGAGAUCCUCGAUGAGGAAGAGGUUGCCUUCGCCGUUACCCUCGACCGCGGUGAGAAGCAGUUCGAAAAAUACGCUUCCCUGGCCGUCAAGGACGGCAGCAACAAGCUGUCUGGCGCUGACGUGUGGCGCCUGUACGACACCUUUGGUUUCCCCGAGGAUCUUACGAAGCUAAUGGCCGAGGAGCGCGGCCUUACUAUCGACGAGGCUGAGGUCGAGGUUGCCCGCGAGAAGGCCAGGGAAGCCAGCAAGGCUGUCAAGGAGGCCGUCCAGACGUUCCCCAAGCUCAACGUGCACCAGAUUGCCGAGCUCGAGAACGACAUUGGUCUCCCGCGUCCGGAUUCGAGCGCCAAGUACGUGAAGGGCGAUAUCAAGGCUAAGGUGCAGCUCAUCUUCACUGGCAACGAAUUUCGCAAGACCAGCAAGGAGCUGCCUCCCAAAACUCCUCUUGGCCUCUUGCUUGACAAGACCAACUUCUACGCCGAGUCUGGCGGUCAGGUUGCUGAUACCGGCCGGAUCAUCAUCGAUGGUGUUGCCGAGUUCAAGGUCCUCGAUGUCCAGGAGUACGGUGGCUACAUCGUGCACAAUGGUUACCUCGAAUAUGGAGAACUCACUGCCGGUGAUGAAGUCAUUUGCGAGUACGAUGAGCUGCGCCGCCAGCCCAUCCGCAACAACCACACUGGCACACACAUCCUCAACCACGCUCUGAGGGAGGUGCUCGGCGACGAGGUCCACCAGAAGGGUUCGCUCGUCGACCAGGACAAGCUGCGCUUCGACUUUAGCCACAAGUCUGCCGUCACCCUUGACCAGAUCAAGGUCAUCGAGGAGAUGUGCAACGAAGACAUUCGCAAGAACCUCAAGACCUACGCCAAGGACGUCGAUCUCGACCUGGCCCGCCAGAUCGAGGGUGUCCGCGCUGUCUUCGGCGAGACCUAUCCGAACCCUGUGCGCGUCGUCUCCAUCGGUAUGGAUGUCGACGAAUUGCUCAAGAACCCGAAGAACCCCGAGUGGCGCAAGUACAGCAUCGAGUUCUGCGGUGGUACACACGUCGACAACACCGGCCUGAUCAAGGACUUCAUUAUUGUCGAAGAGAGCGGUAUCGCCAAGGGCAUCCGCCGUAUCGUCGCCUGCACUGGCGAUGGCGCCCACCAGGCCCAGCGCGACGCCAAGACCUUCGCCGAGAAGCUCGAUCACAUUGAGGCCCUCGAAUUCGGCCCCGUCAAGCAGGCCGAGAUCAAGGCCGCCGCCGUUGAGCUUGAUGCCCUUGCCAUCUCCGCCCUGACCAAAGAGGAGCUGCGCCAGCGGUUCGCUCGCAUCCAGAAAGAGGUUGUCGAUGAGCAGAAGAAGCGCCAGAAGGCUGAGAGCAAGACGGCCCUCGAGACUGUCCAGUCGCACUUCAGCAAGGAGGAGAACAAGAACGCCAAGUUCUUCGUUGGCCACCUGCCCAUCUCAGCUAACGCUAAAGCUAUCUCCGACGUCAUCACCCACUUCAAGAGCAAGGACAAGGAGAAGACGGUGUAUGUUUUUGCUGGUAGCAAGGACGAUGCUGUCAUGCAUGGCGUCUAUGUGGGCACUGCCCUUUCCUCCAAGGGUAUCACCGCUGAGCAGUGGACCGCUGCCGUUACCGAGGUGAUUGGCGGCAAGACGGGCGGCAAGGAGCCCAGUAGACAGGGUGCUGGCGCCGACCCGUCCAAGCUGGACGAGGCUGUUGCUCGUGCCGAGCAGUGGCUGGUGGAUAAGAUAAAGGAGCUCAACAUCUGA